GAGGGUGAAGGGAUGGGGAGAACGGCCCCCCGGUCCUCCACUCUCCCAGAAUCCCUCGGUGCGGCCUUUCUCUCCGCCCGCCUCUAUGGUUGGGGCACAUGCUCGGUGCGUGGGGCCGGCGCGGUCUCGUCCCGGCCUCGUCAGCAGCGGCGGGGCCCCCCAGCACCCCCGGCAUGGCCCCCCCCACAGGAAACGUUGUGGAUAGCCAGGCCCCCAGGCUGUUGGCAAAUCAGCUAAGAUGGGACCUGACUGCCGAACAGAUAGAAAAUAUGGCAGCAGAGCUCACAGAGAGGACAAAGCUUGUGUACGACUGGGUGGGCUCCCAGGAGCAGGGCGAGGUGUCCUAUGAAAACACUCUUAAGGCCCUGGCAGAUGUGGAAGUGGAAUAUACGGUCCGUCGGAACAUGCUGGACUUCCCCCAGCAUGUCUCUCCUUGCAAAGACAUCCGUGCAGCGAGCACCGAGGCUGACAAGAAGCUCUCGGAGUUCGACGUGGAGAUGAGCAUGAGGCAGGAUGUGUACCAGAGGAUUGUCUGGCUCCAGGAGAAAGCAGAGAGCGCUUCACUGAAGCCUGAAGCAAAGAGAUACCUAGAGAGGCUGAUCAAAUUGGGUAAAAGAAACGGUCUCCAUCUCCCUGAGGAGACGCAGGAGAAAAUCAAAGCUAUUAAGAAAAAGCUGAGUGUCCUUUGCAUAGACUUCAACAAGAACCUCAAUGAAGACACCACCUACUUGCCCUUCUCGAAGGAGGAACUAGGGGGGCUCCCUGAGGACUUUCUGAACUCCCUGGAGAAGACGGAGGAUGGCAAGCUGAAAGUCACCUUGAAAUACCCACACUAUUUCCCUCUAUUAAAGAAGUGCUAUGUGCCUGAGACGAGGAGGAAGGUGGAAGAAAUGUUCAACUCCAGGUGCAAAGAGGAGAAUUGCUCGAUCCUCAAGGAGCUGGUGGACUUGCGGGCUCAGAAAGCCAGUCUGCUGGGCUUCACCACGCAUGCGGACUUUGUGCUGGAGAUGAACAUGGCUAAAAGCAGCAAGACAGUGGCUACGUUCCUGGAUGAGCUGGCCCUAAAGCUGAAACCUCUUGGGGAGAAGGAGCGGGCUGUCAUCCUGGACCUGAAAAAGAAAGAGUGCGAGAAGCGUGGCCUGGAGUUUGACAACCGCAUCAACGCCUGGGACAUGCGCUAUUACAUGAACCAGGUGGAGGAGACCAAGUACAGCGUGGACCAGAAUCUGCUGAAGGAAUACUUCCCCAUGCAGGUGGUCACCACGGGCCUGCUGGCCAUUUACCAGGAGCUGCUGGGGCUCACCUUCCACCUGGAAGAGAAGGCUCAGGUCUGGCACGAGGAUGUCCAGCUCUACACGGUGAAGGAUACCUCCUCCGGGGAGACCAUCGGCAAAUUCUACCUGGACCUGUACCCGCGGGAAGGGAAGUACGGGCACGCAGCCUGCUUCGGCCUGCAGCCAGGCUGCCUCUUGCCAGACUCCAGCCGGCAGAUCUCAGUGGCUGCCAUGGUGGCCAACUUCACCAAGCCCACGCUGGAUGCACCUUCCCUGCUGCAGCACGAUGAAGUGGAGACGUACUUCCAUGAGUUCGGGCAUGUCAUGCACCAGCUCUGCUCCCAGGCGGAGUUUGCCAUGUUCAGUGGGACACACGUGGAGCGAGACUUUGUCGAGGCACCGUCACAGAUGCUGGAGAACUGGGUGUGGGAGAAGGAGCCGCUGCUGCGCAUGUCCAGGCACUACAAAACUGGAAGCCCCAUCCCUGAUGAGCUGCUGGAGAAGCUCAUUAAAUCCCGGCAGGCGAACACAGGGCUCUUCAACUUGCGUCAGAUCGUCCUGGCCAAGGUGGACCAGGCGCUGCACACCCAGACGAAGGCUGACCCCGUGGAGGUGUUUGCCCAGCUGUGUGAAGAGGUGCUGGGCGUCCCUGCCACCCCAGGUACAAACAUGCCCGCUACAUUUGGCCACUUGGCCGGAGGCUACGAUGCCCAGUACUACGGCUACCUCUGGAGCGAAGUGUACUCCAUGGAUAUGUUCCAUACACGUUUCAAGCAGGAGGGGAUCAUGAACUGUAAGGUGGGCAUGGAUUACAGGAAUUGCAUCCUGCAUCCUGGUGGUUCCCUGGAUGCUUCCGACAUGUUGAGGAAGUUCCUGGGCCGCGAACCCAAGCAGGACGCCUUCCUGGCCAGCAAAGGACUGAAGGUAGAGAGCAACUCACUGCCUUCGGCCUGCUGAGAAGCUGCUCCAGCCCGUUUUGAGUCAAGCCAGCUCCUUUGUCUACGCACCAGUCCUCUCAGGCCAAGCAAUACCCGGUACUUCUGUCACCAAACGCAUCCUGGGCCAGCCCCUGCCUGGAGCUGUUCCUCCAGGAUCCUGCUCCAAGCUCACCCUGGGCUUCAGGAGCCGGGUUCAGCCCUGGUCCAGGGCUCUGCGGUGACAGCUCUGCAAAGAGUUGAAUUGCCUUUGUCAUCCCCCUCCCCGAGGGGGAUGGGGCUGUCGGUAGCCCACACAAAUUGGCUGAACUUUGAACCUGAUUUCUGCACGAGGGUGAGUUUCGGCCUCAUUUAUAGCUGGGGAGGAGGGUGAGAGGAGUUACCAAACUUGAAUCAUUGUUUUAAAAUCCCUUCUUUUUAAGAAAUAAGACUUCCCACCAGGCUCGCCUUGUUUUGUGCCCUGGGGCAGGCUUACUGUUCAGAGCACGAAACAAGCGGCUGGCCGGAGAAGCUGUGCUGGGGGUCGUGCUCUCCCUGUCUUUGGGCAGCUGGCAGCUGUGGAAUAAAGAUGGGGACAUCCCAGAGCUUAAAAUCCACUGCGUUUACUGGAACGUCCUGCCCUGAGCCCCUUGGAUGUUCCUGCUGGGGCAGCCCGCCUGGGAGGGGGGCAGAGGUGGCCCAUGCUUGGGACCAUCUCAGGGCAGCUGAUGCCUUCUGGGCUCGGGUUGUAGCAGCAGGAGGGUGUGUUGCUAUUGCUGUCACCUCUAAGCCAGGGUGGGACAGGGGAAGGCUGUGGGGAAAAAAAAAAAAAAAAAAAAAAAAAGGACAAAAAAAAAAAAAGCAGACAGCUUCAAACACGGAUGCCGGGGAUAAAAAUAUCAAAUGGGCUUUGUGCCAGGCCUUGAGCGGCCGGGUGCUGGGUGCGGCACCGAGCCGGGGGACAGCAGCCAGCCCUUUGCCCAGCCUCGGGAGCCAGCAGGGCCGUGCCACUUGUCCCCCCCAGUGUUGUCCUGUCCUUGAGAAGGCUUAAAACCAGUGCCGGCGUGGCGUGCCCCUCUCUGCUCGCCUCCCGGCACCGCUGUGGGUCUGAGCGGCUGGAGGGAGGGAGCGCUGACCCCAGGGGCAAAGGCUGGUUUUGCUCACGUAGGAAUCAUGCGUGGGCUGGGGAAGGGGUUUAGCCCUGAGCGUGCGGGGCAGGCGGACGGUAGGAUGAACCUCGGAGGGGAGCUGUGAGCUCCUGCCGGCCUGGGGGGAUUUGUGGUGAGGGGGUAGGGAGGGCAGAUCUCAUUUUCUGGUGUCCCAUCCCGGCCCCGGCCUGGGACCUGCCGUCCCUCCCCGGCUCAGUUGUUUGUUCCCUUUGCUUCUCCUCUCGUCUGGGCUGCGUCACCGGCGCGGCUCCGGCUUCCUUCCCCGUAGCUGCUGGUGAGAGUGUUGGAAGAAAGCUCACCCCCAGUGCAGACAAAGUCGUUGUUGUCACCUCCCUCCCUCAGACCCCCCCUGGUGACACCGGUGACACCCUCCCUAGCCGGUCCCCUCUUGUGCUGACAUGUGGACAGGGCUGCGAGCAGCGAAGCGGCUCCUUGGUGCUUGCUGGGGCCACGUUGAGCAUCUUGUCUUUGUCCCCACCCUCUGUUUUAGGCAUAGGCGAGUGUCCCAGGUGCUCUCGAGUUGACGCUGUGGGUGUUUUAAGUGUCAUGUUUUACUGAGCUUUCAGCGUUUUCUUUCAGACCUCUUCUCUCGAGGGAGAGAACUUGAAGCUGAACGGGGAAACCACGCGCUUUCCUCCCUCCUUCCCAGGCCACUGUUACCUCUGCUCCUCCCUCCAGUAACCCCGGCGGUGCGGGGAGAGGGGCUGCCGGCGGCCGGGGCCGGGCAGAGCGGGGGGACCUGGUGCCCUUCCCUGCGCACGCGUGAGCCCCAGGAGCCACGCCGGGCUCCUUGGAGCUGCACCUCCUCCCUCCCAGCUCCUCCUCCCCAUCCCGUCCCAGGCUGGUGGGGAAAAGAGGUCCCUUUCAGGUUUGGGGUUUUGUUUUGGUUUUGUUUUUUUGUUUUUUUGGUUUUUUUCAAUUUUAUUCUGUUAACCAUUUUAAGGGCAAACUGGUGUGUGUGUGUGUGUGUGUGCCGUUUGUAAUGGUCACGUCCCACCCUGCUUGUUUCCAUGACUUGGAUUUUAGACGGUUCCUAGCACUAAUAAAGGUUUUCCUAAGCGGA